AUGUUAAAUAAUACAGUUAUAAUAAAAAAAGUGCCACCGUUUAUGAACGAAUUAGUAGAAACUUAUAAUAUUUGCUAUGGUGGUUUAAAUAAAAUUGAAAGAUGUGUAUUUGGUAGAAAGGUGGUAAGAAGAAUUAAUAUGAAAGAUACAAAAAUGUAUCAAUUAUGUAUAAUACAUUAUCAACUAUGUAAUAGAGAGAAGAUAUAUAAAAUAUCAUAUAUUCAAGAUAAUUUAGAUUUAUGUAACGGUUUUUUUGAUAAAGAUUCGAAAAUGUAUUUCUCCAGUGAUGGUAGUUUAGGAUGCUUAUUUUCCAAUAAUGAUAAAAAAUUAAGAAUAGAUCUUUUUAAAAAUGAAUCAAUUAAUGGAAAAUUUUUUUUUACAUGUAUGAAUAAUGUGUCAAUUAACGAUAUACACAGAAAUUUUUUUUUUCAUGAAUCCUUUUGCUCUUUUAAUUCUAAUAACACGUUAUUAAUAUAUAGUGCUGAAAAUGAUGAUAUUCGGCUAAAAAAAGAAAACAAUUUACCAUCAAAAGAAAUAGAAAUGUUAAAGAAAUUGAAUAAUGGAGUUUAUAUAGAAUCAUUUGGUGAAAAAUUUAAUUGUUCUUUUUUUUAUUUAUAUGUUUAUAAUUUGUUAGAUAAUUCUGUUAAAUAUAUAACAGUAAAAGAUGUCUCAAGUUGUUAUUAUAGCCCUCAAUUUAUUGAUGAAACAUCUUUUGUUUGUUUAUCAUAUAGAACAGUACCAUUCAGAUUAGGUAUAUAUGCUUUUAAUACUAGACCAAAUGAUUUAUAUUUGUGUACACUGAAUGACUCAGAUAUAGAUAACUGUGAGGAUAAAAAAACGAAAAAUAAAAAGAAUUAUAUUCGAUGUGCUUAUGUAAAGUUAUCAGGAAAACAUUUUAAGCAUACAGCUUCUCCAAUUGUUAUUAAACAUAAUGAAGAAGUUUAUGUUGCAUGUUUAGUAGUUUUUAUGAAAGGUGAAGAAUGCAAGCAACAUAUUAUGGAAUAUAAUUUAGUUUUAAUUAAAUUAGCUAAAGAAGAAAUAAAGCAGAAAAAAAAAAAAAAAGUGCAAGAUGAGAAAAAUGAACAUUAUUACAAUAAUUCUUUCUCAAGUAUAGGAAGUAGUGAAGAAAAUUAUUACGAUAAUAAUACUAACGAUGAAGAAAGAGAUAUGAAUAAAAGAAUGAAGUCAGAUAAUUUUUGUGAUCACAACGAUGAUAUAUGUAACUAUAAAAAAUUAGAAACUGAAGUAAUUAUUAAAGAAGGAAAUUAUACUUCCUAUUUUAGAGGUUUAUAUACUAAUGAAAUAAAAGGGUAUUGUUAUCCAUAUAUUUUUUUAAACACUAUUUUUUAUAGUAGUAAAAUUAUUAUUGCUGUUCAUAUGUUUACAAAAAAAAUAUAUAAAGUUCUUAUAUAUAAUAUAUAUGAUAAAAAUGAUAUAAAUACAAGCAUAGAAAUUUUGUGCAUGAAAAAUGACAAUAUAUUUGUGAGUAUAAGAAAUAUGUUAUUGAAUGAUGUUUUAGCUUAUUGUAUAUUUAAUGAAGCAAAUAUCAAAGGUGAUUAUAUAUAUUUAACUAAUUUAAAAAGUUACAACCUGGAUUUUUUAACAUAUGAUACUAUUAAAAAAGAAAAAAGUAUUUUAUAUUCCAAUGUUAAUGAUAAUUCAAAAAAAUUAUUUAUGAUUUUAAGCGAAAUGGAAACGAGCAUAUUUAAAGAAAAACAUCCCUAUAUAAGAAGAAAAAAUCCAAGUUUUAAUUUAUUAUAUGAAGAUGAACAACAUUUUAAAUAUGAUGUACAACAAAAAGGAUUACAUUUACCAAAUUUUAAUUUAUUUAAUGAAAAAAAAUUAAGAAAUUUAAUUUUAUAUAUUCAUGGAGGACCUUAUAGCACUCUUAUAAAUGAAUACAAAAAUGUUUUUAUUUUUUAUGCUGCAUGUGGUUUUGACAUUUUGUGUAUUAAUUAUAUAGGAUCUUUAAGUUUUUCUGAUAAACCAAAUGUAUUAUGUGGAAACAUAAAUUCAAUUGAGAUAAAUGACAUAAUAGAAAAUUUUAAAGAUUUCGUUAAUUAUUUUGGUGAUUAUGAAAAUGUAUAUUUAUAUGGUGCAUCUUAUGGUGGUUAUGCUGUUUGUUCAAUUUUAACUAAAUAUAAUUUAUUCAAAAGUUCUUGUGUAAUAAAUGGUAUAUAUGAAUGGAUAUUAUCUACUUAUUCAACAGAUGUUCCUGACUAUUUUUUUAAUCUACCUUUAAAUAAAAAUUGUGAAUAUGAUGGUAAUUAUGAUAAACAAGAUUAUUCACGCAUAUACGAAUUAUCUCCAAUAAAUUUUGUAGAAAAUAUUUCUUGUCCAGUUUUAAUUAUAUGCGGAAAAGAUGAUUUACGUGUUUCCUAUCAUAAUAGUAUAUCUUUAUAUAAUAGAUUAAGAGGAUUAAAAAAAAAAUGUAAGUUAUUUUUAUUUGAAAACUGUAAUCACUCUAUUGAGAAUUAUCUCCAUGAAGAAACUAUGCUUAUGAAUGUUAUUUUAUGGUUUUACGAUUAUGAAAUAAAAAAAAAAAAGUAA